CUCAUAGUAAAGUUGCGUGGAUCGAUGGAGAUCUUUGUUAAGACCCUCACUGGCAAUAGGAUCACCGUCAAGGUAGAUCCAUCGGACACCAUCUACAUUGUAAAGGCGAAGAUUCAGUAUCAGCGGUGUCUUAUCUUUGGCAGGGAGGAGCUGGAGGACCGAUUGACUCUGGCCGAUUACGACAUUCAGGAUAAAUCCACUCUACAACUUGAUUUGCGCCCCCAAAGAAGGAAGAUGCUAAUCAUAGUUAAAGCAUUGACUGGCAAGGACAUCGCCCUUGAGGUUGAGAACUUGGACACCGUCGACAAUGUCAAGGACAAGAUCCAGACCGAGUUGAACACUCCAGUGGACCUGCAAAGGCUGAUCUUUGCCUCGAGACAGAUGGAGGACUUUCGCACCCUGGAGGAGUAUGGCAUCAAGCAGCAGGACAUCAUUCACCUCGUGCUCCGCAUCCGCGGCUGA